GGCAGCGGCUCGCAUGCGCGUCUUCCGGGACAGAGGGCGGGGCGAGAAGGAAAGCGACUUCCGCCGCGAGGCGCAGUUGUCGAGCUUGUCGGGCCCAAUGGCGGCCCCGUUGCUUCACACGCGGUUACCCGGAGAUGGGGCCUCUUCGGCUUCCGCGGUCAAGGCGCUCGGCGCAUCGAGGACCGGAAUUUCAGAUAUGCUUGCAUUGAAGAAUGAUUUCUUCAGCUCCCCCCCAAGAAAAACUGUUCGGUUUGGUGGAACUGUGACAGAAGUCUUGCUGAAGUACAAAAAGGGUGAGACAAAUGAAUUUGAGUUGCUGAAGAACCAACUGUCAGAUCCAGACAUAAAGGAUGACCAGCUCAUUAACUGGCUGUUAGAAUUCCGUUCCUCCAUCAUGUACUUGACCAAAGACUUUGAACAACUUAUCAAUAUUCUGUUGAAGUUGCAGUGGUUGAAUAGGAGCCAGACAGUGGUGGAGGAGUACUUGGCUUUCCUUGGUAACCUUGUGUCAGCGCAAACUGUCUUCCUGCGACCCUGUCUCAGCAUGAUUGCUUCUCAUUUUGUGCCUCCCCGAGUGGUCAUUAAGGAAGGUGACAUAGAUGUUUCAGAUUCUGAUGAUGAAGAUGAGAAUCUUCCUGCAAAUUUUGACACAUGUCACAGAGCCUUGCAAAUAAUAGCAAGAUACGUCCCAUCGACACCGUGGUUUCUUAUGCCAAUACUGGUAGAAAAAUUUCCGUUUGUUCGAAAAUCAGAGAGAACUUUGGAAUGCUAUGUUCACAACUUACUAAGGAUUAGUGUGUAUUUCCCAACCUUGAGGCGUGAAAUUCUGGAGCUUGUCAUUGAAAAACUACUCAAAUUGGAUGUGACUGCAUCCCGGCAGGACAUUGAAGAUGCUGAGGAAACAGCAGCUCAAACUGGCAGUGGGACAGAUGCCGCAGAAGGCCUGUUUAAUAUGGAUGAAGAUGAAGAAAUGGAACACCCAACAAAGGCUGACUCGGGUCAGCCUGACCAGAUGGUGCAUCCCGCGGCCGAGCGCCUGGACGUCCUGCUGUCUCUGCUCCUGUCCUACAUUAAGGACGUCUGCCACAUCGAUGGUAAGAUUGAUAAUAACAAAACAAAGGAUUUAUAUCGUGAUCUUAUAAUCAUCUUUGACAAACUCCUGUUGCCCACCCACGCUUCCUGCCACGUCCAGUUCUUCAUGUUUUACCUCUGUAGCUUUAAAUUGGGAUUUGCGGAAGCAUUUUUGGAACAUCUCUGGAAAAAACUGCAGGAUCCAAACAACCCCGCCAUCAUCAGGCAAGCUGCUGGAAAUUACAUUGGAAGCUUUUUGGCAAGAGCUAAAUUUAUUCCUCUUAUCACUGUAAAGUCCUGCCUGGAUCUUUUGGUUAAUUGGCUGCACAUCUACCUUAAUAACCAGGAUUCCGGAGCAAAGGCGUUUUGUGACGUUGCUCUCCAUGGACCAUUUUAUUCAGCCUGCCAAGCUGUAUUCUACACAUUUGUUUUUCGACACAAGCAGCUUUUAAGUGGAAACCUGAAGGAAGGCUUGAGGUACCUUCAGAGUCUGAAUUUUGAACGCAUAGUCAUGAGUCAGCUGAAUCCUUUGAAGAUUUGCCUGCCCUCUGUAGUUAACUUUUUUGCUGCUAUCACAAGUAAAUACCAGCUCGUCUUCUGCUACACCAUCAUUGAGAGGAACAAUCGACAGAUGCUGCCGGUUAUUAGAAACACAGCGGGAGGCGACUCGGUGCAAACCUGCACAAAUCCCCUGGACACCUUCUUCCCCUUCGACCCCUGUGUGCUUAAGAGAUCAAAGAAAUUCAUUGAUCCUGUUUACCAGAUAUGGGAAGAUAUCAGUGUAGAAGAGCUUCAGGAGUAUAAGAAACCCAUUAAAAAGGAGGUAGUGGAAGAUGAAGAUGAUGACUUUUUGAAAGGUGAAGUUUGGAUCACACCAAACUCCUUUGACGCGCACUUCCGCAGCCCCCCGAGUAGUGUGGGCUCCCCACCCGUUUUGUACCUGCCGGACCAGGCCCCUCUCAUUGCCAGGAUCUGUGACUGAGGCUCCCUCACCCUCCAGGACCAGGCUCCUCUGGGAGGAGGCAUUGCCGUGGGUGUGGCCUCGGGCAGUGUGCUCCACCGCAGGCGCACUCGUGUGGGACAGGUGGCUGGUGUUUUUGUUUUUUGUUGGUCUUGUACAGACUAAAGGACAAACUGAGUAUCAUGUGCAAUAUUUCGUCGUGGAGUCGAUAGGUGUGGAAGAUUGGGCUUAUUUGUUUAAUGUAUACACUUUUGUGAACGUUAGGACUUUGAUGUGAUUAUUGUGAAGUUCCUAUUUUAAGAGAUUGCAUUUUAACACAGGUUCUUUGUCAGCUCUGUACUCACGCACUUGAUCUGGUUUCUCCUCAGUGAGACGUCUAGGGUGCUAUGUACAGUCCUCAGAAUGUGUUCCUUUGGAUGUUGUCCCUCUGCUGUGACUGCACUUGUAUGUUGGGAUCAAAUGUGUGUGUUGGGAUUGUUGGGUGCAGAGAAGGUAGGAGGAGCCUGGGUAGGUGGCCAGAGCUGGUCCAGGAGGCUGAGAGUCUGAGCUGCGCUGAGCUGGCGCUGACGGAACUCCAGGGACUUCAUAGACAGUAAACACCUGGAGCGAAGAGGUGGCAGAUUUAGAGAAAUGGAAUCAGAGGACUGAAGUUCUGUGAGUGUCAAGGUGGACGGACGGAGCAGGGCUGGAGUUGUGGAGAGUAGUGCGCAUUUUAUCCUUAAUCUCUCAGAUAGCUUAGUGUAGUGAAAUGUGUCACACACACACACACACACACACACACACACACACACACACACACACACACGAUUUCUUACGAGAACCAGUUAAGGAUGUUUUUUGUCCAAAUGGGGCAAAAAUUUUAGUCUGUUUGAUGGCAAGAUUUUGCUAACAAUAUUAGGCUGAGGUUACAGCUUCUUCUGUCACUGCUGCUCUUAUCAUGGAUUCAGCUCAAUGAAGCCCUCCUCUGGCAAGGCUCUUUUUGUAUUUUUAUAACUGAACACAAAGGAGUCCAAACAGCCUCGCUUUAUAGCAAACUUGUGCGGCACUGCUAGAGGCAUUUUGAAGCUUGUGCGUCUUUUCUCUUCAUUCCUUAUAUGUGGACUUUUUUGUUACUUGUGAAAAUGGGCAUCUUCAAACAUAUUUAUUUUUCUGCCUCUUACUCUUUAUUUAAAGGCAAGCACUAUUUUCUUGAUCAUAAAUAUUUUGUAAAGAAACACUUUGUCUUUCCUAGGGCUUUGUAUGCUCUUAAAAUAUAUUGAAGGCAAUGUAGAGUUUGAAUUUCAGUCUGUAAAUAUGUUUUUGGAAAAUAGAGAUUUUUAUUGCUUUAAAAAGUUUUGGAUGUUGGUGAUUUUCCUUUGGGUGACUUGUUGGAAAGUAAUUUGAGAAUUUUAAGGGUCUCUUUUUUUAAUAGCUUACAAAAAGGUGGGAUUUUGUAUACUGGAUAAAAUGAACAAAUGUAUCCAAGAAGUUCAUGGUAAGUGGAGUCUUGGUGAGUUGGGAAGUAGUUUUAAUGAGAAAGAUAUAUUUACAAACAUGUCUGUUUAAUUUCAAAGGCAUUUGAAGGAGACGUUCCCUUGUGAAAAUAGAAGAAUGAUAUGGUUAAUCCAGAACUUUUUCCUUUAUGCCACUUAGAGGGAGAUACCUCAAAUAAAGAUACUU